GGAACUCUUUCCCAUCAGGCUGUUCUCUCCACUUCAGGGUGACUCCAUUCACUCUGUUCUCCUUCAGUCUUUGCUGCAGCUGGAAGACAAACAUGGCAGCAACCAUCAAACAUCCCAGCACUUCCUUCUAAACGUCAUCCAGCUGUGCUGGUCUGCAGCGUCUACGACGUCUACCCCAAGCAGAUCAAAGUGAGCUGGUUCAGAGACGGACAGGAGGUCACCUCAGAAGUCACCUCCACCGAUGUGAUGCAGGAUGGUGAUUGGUACUACCAGAUCCACUCUCACCUGGAGUACACGCCCAGAUCUGGAGAGAAGAUCUCCUGUGUGGUGGAACACGCCAGCCUGGAAGAACCUCUGAAGACCUACUGGGAUCCAUCCAUGCCUAAGUCAGAUAAAGAAAAGAUCGCCAUCGGAGCCUCAGCACUGAUUCUGGGUCUGAUCUUUGGUCUUGCUGGAUUCAUCUACUACAACAGCAGAACCCAAGGUCUGUUUUUGUUUGAGUCAGAGAAAAACAAAAUCGCUAUCAGAGCCUCAUGACUGACUCUGGAUCAGGUCCUAUCUCUUGCUAGAUUCAUCUACAGCAAGAAGAAUGCCCAAGGAUGUAUUCUGGGUCCCUACUAACCAAGGCAAGAUGCUGGUCCUGGUCCUGGUCUUGUUCCUGGUCCUGGUCCUGAUUCUGUCUGUUAGAUGACAGAAAAUCUGCUGCUGCUUGAAUCUGCUUUCUGUUUGCAGCUCAGCAAAGAGAUGAUCCUUUUUGGGCUGAACUCUCUAAACCUGACAAGGCUGAAGUCUGAUGCUCCGCUAGUCUGGACCUGGUCUAGGACCACCACAGCGUGGAUUCAGUUCUGCUGGUUGUUGCAGUGUUUCAGUGAUGUGUGUUGGUCCAGUCCUGGAUCAGGUUUAAUGUGAGUCUCUGAUGCUUCACUGUGUAAAACAGAUCAUUUCCAGCCUUUUGUAUCUGCAGACUGACGGCUUUGAAAUCAUUUGUAACCAGAUGUUUGAGUGAUAUGUGGCUGUAGCUCAACUGAUUCACAGUUAACCUUUUAUAGUGUACGUUUUUCAUAAACCAUCAGAAAAAUCUGA